AUGAAUAUCCAAACAUGUUAUGCAACAGGAAAAUCUCCAUAUUCACUCGUGUUUGGACAAGAUCUGGUUCAACAUUUUUCAAUACUUGAGGAUUUAUAUCAACGAAAUAUUAUGAAUGAAGAAGAAUUACCAGAUGAUUUUUUUGAAAAUUCAAAAGAAAAUAAUCCACCUACAAUCAAAUAUUCACCACCUAGUACAAUUGAGCAUUUAUCAUCUAGUACAAUCGAAUAUUCACCAUCUAGUACGAUCGAAUAUUCACCACCUAGUACAAUCGAAUAUUCAUCAUCUAAUACAAUCGAACAUUCACUAUCCAGUACAAUUGAGCAUUUACUAUCCAGAACAAUUGAGCAUUCACUAUCAAGUCCAAUAGAAACUUCGUCGCAAAAUCUAACAAAACCUUCGUCACUAAGAUUAAAUGAACAUUUAUCUCUGCUGAGUCAACAAGGGCCAUCAAGUGAAUUGUUACAAAAUAAUCAUAAUGAAAAAUCAAAUGUUAAAAAAAACAAACAUCAACUUGAAUACGCCAUUAACGAAUAUGUUUGCAUUGCUAUUCCUAAAAUAGACCGUAACAGUAUUAAUCAGCACACUUUACCUUGCAAAGUAAUUGAGGAAUUACCCAACAAGAUGUACCAUUUGCAAUGUAAAAAUGGAAUCCUUGAUGUAACUUUUAAUGCGAAUGAACUUAUGCCAUUAGGACCAACUAAAUAUGAAGAACUUGAAAUUUGUGAAAACAAUGUUACUAGCAUUCGAGAAGCUGCUAGAAUACAAUCAAUGUCAAUUGUGACCGGAGUAUAUUGUAAUUGUAAAAGCGAAUGCAAAAAUAAUAACUGUAAAUGUAAGCGUGCUG